AUGGCCAGGAUUCCGAGGUGCGAUUCCCUCUGGAUCCCCGGAAUUUGCUACCUUCUUAGUUCCUUGCUCGCUGGACUGCUUUUACCACGGGCUAUCGCCUUCAAUCUGGAUGUGAUGGGUGCCAUACGCAAGGAGGGAGAACCUGGCAGCCUAUUCGGCUUUUCGGUGGCCCUGCACCGACAGUUACAUCCCCGACCCCAGAGCUGGCUGCUGGUGGGUGCUCCCCAGGCCCUGGCUCUUCCUGGACAGCAGGCAAAUCGCACCGGAGGCCUCUUUGCUUGUCCCCUGAGCCUAGAGGAGACAGACUGUUACAGAGUGGACAUCGACAGGGGAGCUAAUGUGCAGAAGGAAAGCAAGGAGAACCAGUGGCUGGGAGUCAGUGUCCGGAGCCAGGGACCCGGGGGCAAGAUUGUUACCUGUGCACACCGAUAUGAGUCUCGACAGAGAGUGGACCAAGUUUUGGAGACUCGGGAUGUGAUUGGUCGCUGCUUUGUGCUAAGCCAGGACCUGACCAUCCGUGAUGAGUUGGAUGGUGGGGAGUGGAAGUUCUGUGAGGGCCGCCCCCAGGGCCAUGAACAGUUUGGGUUCUGCCAGCAGGGCACAGCUGCCACCUUCUCCCCAGACAGCCACUACCUUGUCUUUGGGGCUCCAGGAACCUAUAACUGGAAGGGCACUGCCAGGGUGGAGCUCUGUGCUCAGGGCUCGUCGGACCUGGCACACCUGGACGACGGGCCCUACGAGGCGGGGGGCGAGAAGGAGCAAAACCCCCGCCUCAUUCCGGUCCCUGCCAACAGCUACCUUGGUUUCUCCAUCGACUCUGGGAAGGGCCUCAUGCGUGCAGAAGAGCUGAGUUUUGUGGCUGGGGCCCCCCGUGCCAACCACAAAGGGGCUGUGGUCAUUCUGCGCAAGGAUAGCGCCAGCCGCCUGAUACCUGAGGUUGUGCUGUCUGGAGAACGCUUGACCUCUGGCUUUGGCUACUCACUGGCUGUGACUGAUCUCAACAAUGAUGGUUGGGCAGACCUGAUUGUGGGUGCCCCCUACUUCUUUGAACGCCAAGAAGAACUGGGAGGUGCUGUCUAUGUGUACAUGAACCAGGGUGGCCACUGGGCAGAUAUCUCUCCCCUCCGACUCUGUGGCUCCCCUGACUCCAUGUUUGGGAUCAGUUUGGCUGUACUGGGGGACCUCAACCAAGAUGGCUUCCCAGACAUUGCUGUGGGAGCUCCCUUUGAUGGAGACGGGAAAGUCUUUAUCUACCAUGGGAGCAGCCUGGGGGUGGUCGUCAAACCUUCACAGGUGCUGGAGGGUGAGGCGGUGGGCAUCAAGAGCUUUGGUUACUCCCUGUCUGGUGGCCUGGAUGUGGACGGAAAUCAGUACCCAGACCUGCUUGUGGGCUCCCUGGCUGAUACUGCUGCUCUGUUCAGGGCCAGACCCGUUCUACAUGUCUCCCAAGAGAUCUUCAUCGAUCCAAGAGCCAUCGAUCUGGAACAGCCCAACUGUGCUGACGAUCGCUUGGUCUGCGUGGACGUAAAGAUCUGUUUCAGCUAUGUUGCUGUGCCCAGCAGCUACAGCCCGAGUGUGGUCCUAGAUUAUAUGUUAGAUGGUGACACGGACCGGAGGCUCCGGGGCCAGGUCCCACGUGUGACCUUUCUGAGCCGUGGCCCGGAGGACCUCAAGCAUCAGUCCUCCGGCACCGUGAGGUUGAAGCAUCAACAUGACCGAGUCUGUGAAGACACUGUGUUCCAGCUUCAGGAAAAUGUCAAAGACAAGCUACGGGCCAUUGUGGUGACCCUGUCAUAUGGUCUCCAAACUUCUCGGUUACGGAGGCAAGCGCCUGGCCAGGAGCUCCCCCCUGUGGUUCCCAUCCUCAAUGCUCACCAGCCUAGCACCCAGAGGACAGAGAUCCACUUCCUGAAGCAAGGCUGUGGCGAAGACAAGAUCUGUCAGAGCAACCUCCAGCUCGUGCAGGCCCAGUUCUGUUCCCGGGUCAGCGACACAGAGUUCCAGGCUCUGCCCAUGGAUCUGGAUGGAAAGACCGCCGUGUUUGCACUGAGCGGGCAGCCAUUCAUAGGCUUGGAGCUGACAGUCACCAACCUGCCUUCUGAUCCUGCCCGGCCUCAGGCGGACGGGGACGAUGCCCAUGAAGCCCAGCUCCUGGUCACCCUCCCAGCCUCUCUGCACUACUCAGGAGUACGUGCUCUGGACGCUGUGGAGAAGCCGCUCUGCCUGUCCAAUGAGAAUGCCUCUCACAUCGAGUGUGAGCUGGGGAACCCUAUGAAGAGAGGCACUCAGGUCACUUUUUACCUCAUCCUCAGCACCUCUGGAAUCACUAUUGAGACCACAGAGCUGGAGGUGGAACUGCUGUUAGCCACGAUCAGUGAGCAGGAGCUGCAUCCGGUCUCCGUCCGGGCUCAUGUCUUCAUUGAAUUGCCAUUGUCCAUUUCAGGGGUAGCCACUCCCCAGCAACUCUUCUUCUCUGGCGAAGUGAAGGGCGAAAGUGCCAUGCGGUCUGAGAGGGAUGUGGGCAGCAGGGUCAAGUAUGAGGUCACGGUCUCCAAUCAAGGCCAGUCGCUCAAUACUCUGGGCUCUGCCUUCCUCAACAUCAUGUGGCCCCAUGAGAUCGCCAAUGGGAAGUGGCUGCUGUACCCCAUGCGGGUGGAGCUGGAGGGCGGACAGGGGCCUGAGAAGAAAGGGAUCUGUUCCCCAAGACCUAACAUCCUCCACCUGGAUGUGGACAGCAGGGACAGGAGGCGGCGAGAGCUGGGGCAGCCGGAGCCACAGGUGCCUCCAGAGAAGGUGGAGCCUAGCACAUCCUGGUGGCCAGUGUCCUCUGCUGAGAAGAAAAACCUGACUCUGGACUGCGCCCAGGGUACAGCCAAGUGUGUGGUAUACAGCUGCCCACUCUACAGCUUUGAUCGUGCAGCCGUGCUCCACGUCUGGGGCCGCCUCUGGAACAGCACCUUUCUGGAGGAGUACAUGGCCGUGAAAUCCUUGGAAGUGAUCGUCCGAGCCAACAUCACAGUGAAAUCCUCCAUUAAGAACUUGCGGCUCAGAGAUGCAUCCACGGAGAUCCCAGUGAUGGUGUACUUGGACCCCGUGGCCGUGAUUGCAGAAGGAGUCCCCUGGUGGGUCAUCCUCCUGGCAGUGCUGGCUGGGCUACUAGUUCUGGCCCUGAUGGUGCUGCUGCUCUGGAAGCUGGGAUUCUUCAAGCGGGCGAAGCACCCCGAGGCCACUGUGCCCCAGUACCAUGCAGUGAAGAUCCUUCGGGAAGACCGGCAGCAAUUCAAGGAGGAGAAGACAGGCACCAUCCAGAGGAGUAACUGGGGCAACUCCCAGUGGGAAGGCUCUGAUGCACACCCCAUCCUGGCUGCCGACUGGCACCCUGAGCUGGGUCCUGAUGGACAUCCUGUGCCAGUCACUGCAUAACUUCUACUGUCCCAAGCUCAGCCUGUGGGUUCCUUCCACCCUUUCCCAAGAUGGCUCCUUGGGAUAGAGAUAGUGGAGUAGAUUGCUGGCAUCGCAUUGAAAUACGGCAGGCUCUGCUUUCUCAGGGGCACAGACCUCUCCCACCAUCAGAACCACUCCUCCAUCUUCCCUGUACAAUGCUGUGAGAUGAGGGGCGUGGCUGGAAGGGCAGGCAUGUCCUGAUGCAGGAUGGGGAGAAGGGGCCCUGAGCUCCCUCUCUUGCCCACCCUGUUAAACCUGUCUUCCCCAAAGUGCCUUAGACAGAGGGUCAGGGAAGAGAUUGUGUCACUGUCUCAGGGGCCCUUCCCUCCUAAGUCUUCCCUGUCCUCUGGCCUUAGUGUGCUGUACCAAUCCAGUGGUUUUGUCUAUUUAUUAAAAAAAUAUUUGACAAUAAAAA